AUGGGAGGUUGUGCUUUCGCUGCCGUCGUAGCUGAUCCGGCGGGUAUUUAUUGGUUGCUCUGAGGGACGGCCUUGUACGCAGUUGUUUGACCUCGGACUGCCGGGUUGGAACAGCAUUCAAUUCAUCGUCCGUCCCUCCCUCCCUCCAAGAACCUAGUAGCCUCCAGUUCGGUCUUAAAGUCUGUCGGCCGGCUCCGAAUCUGUAUCUGACGUUGAUGUAUACGAUUUCUUCACACCCUAACUCCCCCGCACCCCAUGCAGUAACCCUCACUAUCUGAAAUAGUCCACCCUUGGAUUAGGGAUUAUUGCCUGGUCCACAAUUGCCUCGGAUGUUUGAGCGCACAUUCGAGAGUGGCGGAAAUGUGGAACCGGUGAGGCAGAAGGAGAGACAUGGAUACUAGAGAAACCGCGAGGCGGGGGGGCGCGGGGACGGACCACCGACUAUGCAAGUGAGAGCGAUAACUAAGCGGAGAGGCAGGGAGUGUUGGCAAAAGAGGGUGGGCACAGUGUCUCACGUCCCCAUACGUAGAUACUCCACCUUGUGAAGUCAUUCGCAGACCAGAUCCCUAACCGAAAAUUUACCAAGGCCGGAGAAUCUUGAUGCUCGUCGUUUCCAGCAUGUUUGGAACGUUUCCAUUCAACGUGAUUCUGCCCCUCCCUCAGUUGACCUUCACUACCACUGGCUUCCCUUUUGUCACGGAUGCUAUUAAAACCCAUAAGGAAGGGACCAUAAUCGCGUGGGUCCCACAUCCCCGCUUCGUUUUCUCCGUCAGAAGUCGCUGUGUACUUAUGAGGGCCAGGUGGCAUCCUUAGGUGAUGAUAACUAGAGUGUUUCAAUCCAAAGGCCCAUGCCGGCGUUCCCGUGGAUCAUCGGACAUUGAACAACCGCCUGCCUCGCCGCCAGUUUCGAAGAUCAUUCAACACCCCCGAUUCCACUCACCCGGACGACCAAGCCAGAGCUUCUCAUCCGUCCCCUGAGAACCCGUGCCAGCCAAACGGCAGCCUCUGGUCCAUUCCGUCCCACGGUCCCGCGCCAGGCUGUGCGCCGCACACGCUAAACCAGCCGUCUCCCUUAUCCGUCCCCCGCGAAGACCGCACUAUAUAAGUAUCCCUCCCGCUCGCCUCCAUCGCACCCAUCACCUCACUUCAUCAGCCAGCUCUCUUUCCUCCUCUUCUCCGGCCGACGGGUCGUCACCUUCUUCUUCUCCUUCAGACACCGGUUGCUCCACCGAUCCGCCCCGCCCGUAACCCCACCGCAGAACCACGUUCCACCAAUGGCGCAGCAGACCAUCGAGGCCCACCGCCCCGGCGCGGAGAUCUACACGGGCGACGACCUCUGCCGCCAGAAGGCCAUCGACCUCCUCGAGGAACUCAACCUCCCCAGGGGCCUCCUCCCCAUCGAGAACGUCGAGGAGAUCGGCAUCAACCGUCAGACCGGCUUCGUGUGGCUCCGCCAGAAGAAGGCCCUCAACUACACCUUCCGCAAGGCCGGCCGCCUCGUCUCCUACGGCGCCGAGGUCACGGGCUUCGUGGAGGACCGCCGCAUGCGGCGGGUGACGGGGGUGAAGUCCAGGGAGAUGCUCGUCUGGAUCCCGCUGGGAGAGUUCUUUGUGAACCCCAAGGACACCACCAAGAUCACCUUCAGGACGCCCGCGGGACUCUCGAAGACCUACCCGGCCUCGGCCUUCGAGCUCGAGGAGCAGGGAAACCAGAGAUUACUCACCUGA